CAUUCGCUUCUUUAAAUAAUCCAGCUAGGAGCUUGGCAUAAAUGUCAACUCAUGGUAUAGCAGCAACUUGUUCGAAAACCAGGCGAUUCGUGCAUGACAGUGGCAAUUCAACUACGUUGCUAUGGUGAGAUUGAUGUAUGUCCUUGUAGGAAUUUUCUUCCUGUUAAUGCUUCACAUCAGCAUCCCUUCCAUGUCGUCAUCAGCAGAAAAUUUUCCAGGCUCACAAUCUGUGAACAACACAUGGAUAUCAUCAAUACGGGAUUCCAGUUGGGAGCAGGGCAGGUUAAUGAGGAAGUUACUUUUGAGCAGAAAAUUUGAGAAGGCGAUGGUUAUAGCGAGGAGAGGAAAUUUACUUCGAAACCGAAGCCUAAGAGGCACCAGAGUAUCAAAGCCACCCUCACCUUCCCGAAGCUCAUCAAGGAUUUUCGCACACCGUGAAAAUAUUCACCGACACUACAUUACCAUAUAAUUACAAAGCCAUGAUAUGAAUGUACCAUGGACUUUUCCACUUCCAUUAAGUCCAAAGCAAGUAGAUUGUCAAGGGAUAAUAAUGGUUGUACCCAAAUAUAUAAUUAUAAGUAAUUACAUUCAAAUUUAAUUUAAAGUUGAUUUCCAGAACUA